AUGUCAAAGAAAAUUAAGAGAAUAGUUUUAGCAGAUCCGGAAAACAUAGCCACACCAUAUAAGAAAACAGUUCCAGCAUGCGAGAGUUGUAAAUCCUUAGCGGAGGGACUGAAAAUUUUGCAAGGAUCUAAUUUUUUGCGAGCUUUAAUCAUUAUUAUUUUUUCCAUUUCCUUUCCAGACACCUAUCGCGCGCGCAGCAAACGUGAGACUGCAGCAUAUGCCGCUUAUGAUGCUGAGUUGGCGCAAAAAGAAAUUUUACGAGAGUUUGGACCAAGCGCUUGUAUAUUGGAGGAACCUUGUCGUGUGCAUGCUUCACGGCCAGGUCGCUUUGGUGCACAACAGCAUCCAGCGUGGAAUGAAAUUUUGAGAAACUACAGAGUUCAAUCAACCGGCAUGAAACAAUGGUACCUACUCUCCCUCUACAUUGGCGAUGCAGUGCGCGAUGUGCCACUCUGUCGGCACCUGGCCAAACGGAUGCCAUGUCCAGGCGUUGGACCAUUGCCGCCACCGCAACCACGCUAA